AUGAUCUAUUUCGGUAUUAAAGUAUUUGGCCUGUCUUUUCUAAAAUGGAAACCUGUUCAAUUCCGAUUUUUUUCUGUACUUUGUUGUAGAAAUUAUUAUAAAAUUGGAUAUAAGAAUAUUUAUAAUGAUCAAAAACUAAAUAAGAAAAUCUGGGGUAGUUGUAGUAAAGUAGUUUUUUGUAUUGGGUUAUCUUUUAUGACCUUUUCUAUCUUAUACAUAUUUUCAAUAGAUACAGAUUCUUUUAGAUAUAUUGGUUUGGCGACUAUUAGAACAUUUAGAUUAAUAUCAACAGCUGCUCUGUGUUUUAAUGAUUAUCGUAAAACGAUUAAUUCUAAUUACUUGGAUGAAAAAGAGCGGUUAUAUGCGUUGUCUUUGUGUCAUAAAAGAUGUGCUAAACGUACUUUAUCUUGCUUAGAGAACAAUGGUGGGAUAUUUAUCAAGCUUGGUCAACAUUUAAGUAGUAUGUCAUAUUUGAUUCCUUAUGAAUGGACAUCUACUAUGGUUUGUUUACAAGAUAAAUGUCCAUCUUCUUCAAUGGACGAUAUUAAAAAAAUGUUUUUGGAUGACACAGGAAAAACACUAGAAGAUUGUUUUUCUUUUUUUGAUGAGAAACCAAUAGGUGUUGCUAGUUUAGCUCAAGUUCAUCGAGCUAUUAUGAAAGAAAAUGGACGUGAAGUUGCUGUAAAGAUUCAACAUCCAUCUUUGAAGGAAUUUGUAGUUAUUGAUAUUUUUUUGACUAAGAAGAUUCUUAGUUCUAUUAAAAGAUUUUUUCCUGAAUUUACUUUGACUUGGUUAACUGAAGAAAUGGAAUUUUCUUUGUUGCAGGAGCUUAAUUUUAAAGAAGAAGAAAAAAAUGCUAUUCGUAUUAAAAAACAUUUUGAAAAAGUAAAAAGAUUUUCUGUUUAUAUUCCAGAAGUUAUAUGGUCAGAAAAAAGAAUUUUAGUGAUGGAAUAUAUUAAGGGUGUGAGAGUUGAUAACCAUAAAUAUAUGUUAAUAAAUAAUAUAUCUCGAGAUGAAAUUAGUGCUGAGUUAUCGCAUAUAUUUAAUGAGAUGAUAUUUGGCGGUGAUGGAUAUUUACAUUGUGAUCCACAUGGUGGAAAUUUACUUAUUAGGACUCGGCCUAAAUCUUCUCAAUCAAAAUAUAAUUUUGAAAUUGUGUUAUUAGAUCAUGGAUUAUAUAGAGAAAUUCCUUUAGAUCUUCAAAGAUCUUAUGCAAAAUUAUGGCUUUCGAUUAUAAAUAUGAAUGAAAAAGAUAUGAAGCAAUAUUCAUAUGAAGUCGCUGGGAUUAGUGAAGAUAAAUUUCAUUUAUUUGCAAGUGUUAUUACUGGUCGAGAUUUUAAACCAUUUAAAAAAUCUAUGGCUAUAAAAUGGGUGAAAAAUGAGCCUAAUCGUAUUACAGUACCAGCUACUCGAAGUUUUAUAACACAAUUAGUUGAACUAUUAGAUAACGUUCCACGAAUUAUGCUUUUACUUUUUAAAACUAAUGAUUUACUUCGUUCACUUGAUGAAAGCCUUAAAACUACUUAUGGUCCUAAACGCACUUAUGGCAUUCUUAGAAAGUAUUGUGCAAGAGUCGUUUAUCAAGAAAACUUAGAUAAGUUGUAUUCUAGAAAAGUUCCUAGAAAUUAUUGGAAUCCUUCUUUUUUUGCACAAUAUUUACUUUGUCUCUGGAGAUAUUAUUCUUUUGAAGUUUCAUUUUAUAUUUAUGAAUGGUACUUAUUUAUUUCUGGUUAA